GUUGGCGUCCUGUCGCCCCGACCUUCGCCAGCGGGGCAGUAGCAUCAUGACGGUGGGAGCCAGGCUCCGAAGCAAGGCGGCGAGUGGUUUCCUGCGCCGCGGGCCCCGGGGGCGAGCGCGGGCGGAGGGGGACGAGGAGGCGGCCGCCCUCCUGGAGCCGCCGGAGCGCGGGGACGAGGCGGCGAGCGGGGCGAGCGCGGGGCGCCCGGGGGCCCGCAGCGCGCGCACGGUGCACCUGGCAGUCCUCCCCGAGCGCUACGAGCCGCUGGACGAGCCGGCCGCGGGCGAGAAGCCCAAGAGGAGGUACCGGCAGAAGCUGAAGAAGUACGGCAAGAAUGUUGGGAAGGUGGUCACCAAGGGAUGCCGCUACGUGGUCAUCGGCCUGCAAGGCUUCGCUGCGGCCUACUCUGCCCCGUUUGGAGUAGCCACCAGCGUGGUCACGUUCGUCCGCUAGUGGGAGCUGCGGGGGCAGACUCACCAGCACGGAUGGAAGCUCCGCUCUGGGACCAUCUCAGACCUGAACCCACAGAAUCCUUGGAGGAAAUCAAUGUCUUUCCUUGUUGCAUUGGAUGAAUGUUAGGAAUGGAACGUCCCUGCCCGUCCGCUGAGCUUUUCUCAUGACUCUAGGACGCCUGUGGCUCCGAUGGACAAUCCCGCAGAGAAUCAGGCCCAUGUUAGGUUUGGGGUUACAGUGUGCAAACACCGAAGGCUUCAUGCGGAGGUGGCAGGGGGCUGGCCCGGAGGCAGACACCUGGCAGACGGGAGCACUCUGGGUGGGUAGUGGAGGGGUGAUUACAAGGCGGGACGGGGAUUUUGACGAUUUGUUAUGUUCUGGAAGGGUCGCAGGCUGACAUGGCGCUCACAGCCCUUGGCUGCCUCGGUUCUGGGGCCAGCAGAGAAGCUGUUUGUCAUGUGCCCCAGCUCCUUUCUCCACCCCUUUGUCACCAGGGGUAUAAUUAUGGGCUUGAGAAGAAGGAAGGAAGGAAAAUCUCUUUGAAGGUGGGGAUGCUUUGAAAACUGUUGAUGACGUGUGUGACUGUUUAAAGCAGAUAAAGCUUGUGAUCCCCCCCUGCCCUCCCCUCCGCCCACCCCCCCAGUGACAGGAAUGUGUUGCUGGCCUGGUGGGAGGAAGGGGGC